AUGGAUCCAAGCGAAGUGGAGGCCCUCUACCCCUGCUGCGAUAUUGCCUUGUGGUGGCAUGAGCUGCGGCUGCCUGAGGGCGACACAACGCCGGAGAGGCGAGCAGAGGCAAAGGCGAAGCUGAUGCACCAAAUUGAGACAAAUGCGAUGGCGCCCCUCUACCGCAAGGCGAUAGAAGAAUUCGGAUGGCCUGCAGAUGAAGAAAAAAUCAAAGCGAUGGAGGAGCAGCAGGAGAAGGAGUUAGCGGAACUCGAGAAGAAGCUGACGGAGGCGCAGGAGAAGUACGGCGACACUGAAGUUAAAGAUGUGCUCCUAGCCAAGGCACACCUCUUCUGCAGAGUCGGAGAUGUGGCGCGUGCUGUGGAGGUGUAUGGGAUCGCCUACUCGAAGACAGUGGGGAUCGGAUCCCGCUUAGACAUUACUUUAGCGUUGCUGCGCAUCGGCUUUGUAUUUGGAGACAGACAGCUGGUUAAGAAGAACCUUAUCACUGCAAAAGAAGAGACAGAGAAAGGAGGAGACUGGGAGCGCCGCAACAAAUUAAAAGUGCUGGAGGCUAUAGACUUUAUGCUGUCUCGCAACUUUAAUGAAGCAGUUGCGGAGGGGGCUGACGAAGAAAUGAAAGGCCUCCUAAAUGCGUUUUACUUCGCAAGAUACAGAGAAUUCAUGCAGUACCUCGUGCCUAUUGGGAAGCGGGUGAAGCGCGACGUGUAUCUGUCUCCUCAUUAUUUAUUUUUUAUUCGUACAAUUCGUCUCCGCGCCUAUCAACAAUACUUAGAACCCUAUAAAAGCGUUACGCUAGCCAGCAUGGGCGAAGCCUUUGGGGUGUCUCCGCAGUUCAUUGAAGCGUAA